AUGCAAGAAGAGGCGUCCUUUUCAACUUUCAACUACAUCUAUAAAGAUGGCGAAUGCAGCACAAGUGCCACUGAAGUCAAAAGUCAAGGCGCAUACAUGGAGAUGAAAACUGUAAAGCGUGUCCCGGAAAUCCCCCCUUUUGUGCUUUUGGUAGAAUCUUACGAUGAUGAGCGCCAAGAAGUGCCGGAUAUCUACCCAGCCUUUCCGCCAGAAAAGAACCGCCUGUUUGUAAGCCCCUAUGAAGCCCCCUCUGCAAGCGCAGGAUCCAAAAACUUCCGCGGACACACAUACACCGGCGGCCUGAUGAGGAAUCUUCCAAUGCCCAAGGACACGGAUGCAGAGAUUGCGCAAAACAGGUAUCACCAAAUUGUGGAGGAAAAAGCAGCACGUGAUGAAGCUCUGCGUGAAGAGUAUGAGAGGUUCUGCAGAAACCCUGCAGUGCAGGUCGACCAAGCCCUCAACGCGCACAACCAUGUCAGAGAAGUAAUCAUUCGCCCUGUGCCCCAGAAAAGACUGUGCUUAAAGCCAAAAACCUUCCGCAGAAUCUUUGUUUUCUGCCUUCUAAUGGCGGUCGUUUUAACUGUGUCCAUUUCGUUUUUUAUAUUUCACCAGAACCGACUAACCAAAAAAAGUUUGGCAACUCGAGUGUAA